AUGCAAUGGGGUUCGAUCAUCACCCCAGAGGCUUUGAACCAUAUGAUUGCACAAAAUGCGGUAAAAUGUGUCAAAGCUGCCUUGGAGGGUCAGGCACCUGAGCUUGAUGGGUGCCGGGCCGGUCCCAACUGCAUGAACCAGUAUGGAUACUAUCCCCUCCACCGAGCUGCUGAAUUUUUUUCUGUUGACAUGAUUCAGUUGCUCAUCCGCCAUGGCGCGUCCGCCAAUCUACGCACAGCUGGUGCUGAGGUCAUCGAGGGCCUUCUCCCACUCCAUGUUGCAGUCGAGAACACGUGCAUGCACAAGUAUCUAGAAGACAGUCUAUUUCCUAACCACGAGCAUCGGGAUUACAGUGAGGCAGAUGCCCACUUUAUCUUCAAGCUCAUCCAUCUUUUGUGCCUACCUGAAAUGAAAAUCUUUUUGGAUUCCACUAGGCUGAUCGCAAAACACACAGAUAAUCUACUUGAUGAGCUUUGGAAUUACAUAAAAGAUGGAAAGCUUGCCGAGACAGCCAUUUUGCUACUGGCAGCCCAAGAGCAGAUCCGUGUGGGAACUUCCUGUAAGAAAAUUGGAAAUAGUAAGGCAGAUGGGUUUCAGGUUAUCUACGAAUGUAUUAUAAACAACAGUAUCAAAUUACAGUCUGAAAAGGGCCAAAACCUAAUGGAAAAGGAGGAAUUGGAGACGAAAAUAAAGCUUCAUCAUACAGCAAUGAUGCUUGUUCAUGUAAUUUCCAAAGCUGGUGAAGGUCUUGAAUCAUACAUUCGAAACCAUCUAGAGGUAUCACAGUGUUGGUAA